CUUUAGGAUUAAAGUGGUCCAGGCAACCAAUCAGCCAUCCAGUCAAUCGGUCAGUCGGUCGGUCAGUCAGUCAGUCAAUAGUCCUGUCAUAUGCAUCACGUACAACAAAUGGCUGAGCAGUUGAGAGCAUCGAGUGCGAUUGUCCUCAGCCUGAUCCUGCUGCUAUCGCUAUCAGAGACGCAGUCCAAGCUGCUGACACGCUGCCAGCUGGCCAAGGAGCUGUUGCGUCACGACUUUCCGCGCAGCUAUCUAUCCAAUUGGGUCUGUCUGGUGGAAUCGGAGAGCGGACGCAGUACAUCAAAGUCAAUGCAGCUGCCCAAUCAAAGCGUCAGCUACGGACUCUUUCAGAUUAACAGUAAGAACUGGUGUCGCAAGGGUCGCCGCGGUGGCAUAUGCAACAUAAAAUGUGAAGAGUUCCUGAACGAUGAAAUCUCUGAUGACUCUCGCUGCGCCAUGCAGAUCUUCAAUCGCCAUGGUUUCCAAGCCUGGCCAGGAUGGAUGAGCAAAUGUCGCGGGCGCACGCUGCCCGAUGUGUCGCGUUGCUAACUUGGCUUACAGAGCUGAUGCUUUAGUGCUAGCUGUUUAGUCCUAGGCAUAUAUGUUAGCUGUUAGUUGUAAGACUCGCUCGCAUUAUCAAUUCAGUAAAUCUUACGCAUAUGCAUACACACAAACAUACAUUGUUAAUAAAUGUAUUCCAGAUUACAUUUUCCAAGAAUUUAUUAUCAGUUUUGCUAUUAAAAGUACA